AUGAGUGAGCGGAACAACUCCUGAUUGGAUCCUUUUUACCAUAAUGACAAUGAUUAAGAUUGCGCCUCUCCAAAAAAAGAAGAGAACAGAUUUUAUACCUUAUUUUGUGGGAUUUGUUGUGUUUUUAUAUUGCACCGUUCACUUGGUGUCGUUUACAGCCCAAACUGCUCAGGAACCCCAUUUGACCAGGGUGCGUCGAGCUGUGGAUAAUGACACUGAGUGCAUCUCACCUCAGUCCUCUGAGUUUCCUGAAGGUUUCUUCACGGUUCAGGAGCGGAAGGAUGGAGGCCUGGUCAUUUAUUUCAUGCUCAUCUUCUACAUGCUGCUGGCUGUCGCUAUCGUUUGCGACGAUUACUUUCUGCCAUCCUUAGAAGUCAUCAGUGAACGUUUGGGACUGUCUCAGGAUGUGGCCGGGGCGACAUUCAUGGCGGCUGGGAGUUCUGCACCUGAAUUAGUCACAGCCUUUCUGGGUGUGUUUGUGACAAAGGGAGACAUCGGUGUCAGUACCAUCGUGGGUUCAGCCGUCUACAACCUCCUAGGAAUCUGUGCUGCAUGUGGACUGUUGGCCUCAAUGGCAGGCCGUCUCAGCUGUUGGCCUCUGUUCAGAGACUGCCUGGCGUACGGUAUCAGUGUGUCUGCUGUCAUCGCCAUCAUCUCUGAUAAUAAGGUUUACUGGUACGACGCCGCCUGUCUGCUGCUGGUCUACGCCGUCUACAUCGUGGUUCUGUGCUUCGACCUGCGCAUCAGUGAGUUUGUGCUGAGGAAGCUAAGUCCCUGCUGCAGCUGUCUGGGUAAAGCCUCUGGGGAGAAGAGCGAGGUCCAGCCUCUGAUGGGCUGGAACGACGACACCGGCCUAAGGGUCCACAGUCGCUCCAGGACGGACAGUGGCAUUUUCCAGGACGACUCUGGAUACUCACACCUGUCUCUGAGCCUCCACGGCCUCAACGAGAUUCCAGAAGAACAAAAAAGCGUGUUUACCGUCCCUGAAAAUGACUUCAAACGGAUCCUGUGGGUUCUGUCUCUGCCCAUCAUCCUGGUUCUGUUCCUGACCGUCCCAGACUGUAGGAGAAGGUUCUGGAAGCACUGGUUCAUGAUAACCUUCCUCAUGUCAGCUGUUUGGAUCUCUGGGUUCACCUACGUACUGGUGUGGAUGGUCACUGUGGUCGGUGAGACUCUGGGCAUCCCUGAUACCGUGAUGGGACUGACCCUGUUGGCUGCUGGAACCAGUAUCCCAGACACCAUAGCCAGUGUCAUGGUGGCCAGAGAAGGUAAAGCAGACAUGGCCAUGUCGAACAUCGUGGGUUCUAAUGUGUUCGACAUGCUGUGUCUGGGUCUGCCCUGGUUCAUUAAGACGGCCUUCGUGGACACGCAGAACCCCGUGGAGGUGAACAGCACCGGCCUGGUCUUCAUCUCCUCCACGCUCCUCCUCUCCAUCGUCUUCCUGUUCGUCGCCGUUCACGCGAACCGCUGGAAACUGGACUGGAAGCUGGGACUGGUGUCGCUCAUCUGCUACGUAGUCUUUGCCACUUUGUCCAUCCUGUACGAGCUGGGGAUUAUCGGAAAUAAUCCGAUCAAACUGUGCAGUGACUGAGCUUGAACCUUCCAAAGACAACCGCACCAACCCAAAAACACACAAAUGUUCAACCUGUAAAACCUCAAAAUGUCCAGUGGAGGGACAAACGGGAUUCCUUUCCAGUUGUUUUCUAACAGAUGUGUGACUAACAGGUGUAAAUGUGUACUGGGGUCAGAACCAGGACGUAAAAGCUGCAUUCAUGCUCUCACUCAUCGUCCAUAAAUGGAAUAUAUUC